AUGGAAGAUCGAGAUGGUAAAAAAACAUUUAUUAUACCAAAAACUCAUUCAUCAAGUAAAGAUGUAUUAAUAUCAGAAAAAACUGAUAGUCGUAAUGUAACUGAAUUAUUUGAUGAUAUAAAAUCUUGUUCAUUAGAAGCACAUUUUGAUUUUCGACAAAAUGAAUGUAAAUCAUGUGAAACAAUACGUAAUCCAAAAUUACAAAAAUUAUAUAAUGAAAAAAGAACUCAAAUGAAAAAAGAUCAAGAUCCAAUAGAACGUUUUGCUUUUCAUUUAAUUACAUCUCGAGAUAUAGCAUUAAAUAUUGCAACUGAUGGUCUUACAUGUCAACAAUUAUCUUUUUCACUUGAUAAAUAUCUUGGAAAUCCUAAAGAUGGUAUACAUCUAUCACGACGUCCAGAUGUUCUUUUAGCAUCAUCUGGCGCACAGGGACUUCAUAAAUUUGGAUUAUUAAUCUGUAAAAUACUUUUGGGUAAAGGAUAUGCAACUAUACCUUCAAUAAAUAAUAAACAAUUAUCUGCACAAUUACAUUAUGAUCAUCAUUUUUGUAAAAUUCAACCGGUAAAUAAAGAACAACGUCAUAUUGACGAUUUAUUAGCAAAUAGUUUAAUAUUUUGUUAUGAGCAUGAAGAUUUACAAACUAUUUCUCGUCCAUCUCAAAUCUUACCUCUUGCAAUCCUAUGGUAUGAUCUUAAAGAAAAAUUCUCAACUAAAUUAACAUCAAUAUCUCAAGAAUCUCAACAGAAUAAUGAAAAAACGAUUAAAUUAAAAAAUUCAAGUCAAAAUAAACCAUCAACAAAACCUAUACCUAAACCAAUUUCAAUAUUAAAUACUGGUACUUGGGAUGAUCUUACACAAGAAACAAUAAAUACUCCAAUAACACCAACUAUAUCAAAUAAAUAUCCUAGUCAACUUAUGUUACCAUUAUCAUCAUUUAGUAAUUUACAACCAUUAACGAAUUAUCGUGAUCCUCGUUUAAUACGAACAGUUAUUUCAUCUGAAAUAAUUCCAUUAUCACCACAACAUCCGAUAAAUGAACGAUCACAAUCUGAUAUAUUAUCAUCAUUAAAAUUAAUAAAUAAUACAAAAAAAAAUUCUUUAAUUAAUAUUCCAUUAAUUUCAACAACUGAAUUAAAUGAUCCACGUUUACCAAUAUAUAAAUCAAAACAAAAUGUUUUUUAUCUUGAAUUAAAAAGUGUUAAACAUGCAUUACAACAACAAAAACGUCUUAAUAAUUAUUAUUAUAAUUCUAAAACUAAUACAAAACCUAAAACAAACUAUACACUUAUACCAUUUCUUGUACGUUCAAUGACAUCAGAUGAAUAUGAAAUAAAUAAUACUAAUAAUAAAAGCUCAAAUCAAUCAUCUUAUGUAGAUUAUUCAUCAUUAUUUGUAUCAGUUAUUGAUUGUUUCCAAUUUGGUUUAAAAACAACAAAUAAUAAAUUAUAUAUUGAUUUAGAAGAAAAUGAUAAUAAAUUAGCAUAUGAACAAAUAAAUAUAUCAAAUCAAUUAAUUCAAUAUGAAAAACAAUUAAAUUCUCAAGAAAUACGUUUACGUUUAAGAGAAAAACGACAAAGAAAAAUUCAAGAAUAUUUUAAUCAACAAAGAAGAAAUCAAUUAGCUAAUUCAAAAACUUAUGCUAAUAUUGGUCGAAAAGUAUUAAAAGAACAUCAAAUAGUAACAUCAUCAUCAAAUCAACAAAUAUCAUUAGAAUUAUUAGAUUUUUUUUCUCAUGAAUAUCAACAUGAAAAUCGUUCGAAUGUAAAACGUCUUUUAGCUGAACUUAUUGGAGUUUUUGUUGAUAAAUAUGGUCUCGAAAAUAAACAAACUACAUCAAACAAUAGUCAAGAUAAAAUAAUCGAAGAUACCAUCAUAGACGAUCAAACAAUCAAUACUGUCAUUGAUAUGGACCUUGAAUCUCCAUCUUCACAAGGAUUAGGUGAUUAUGAUGAACGUUUUCGAGCACAAACACCACCACCACCGUUACCUAUCAAUGAACCAAUCUACAAUCAACUACUUAUAUCUUUACCUAUGACUCAAACAUUAUCUAUAGAAACAAAUAAAAUAUCUGAUGAGUUAAAUAAUAAUAAUAUUGAACUCGUUCAACCUAUGCCAAUAGAUUUACCGUUAUCUGUACCAAUUACUACUACUGAUAAUGUUGUUUUUAAAUCAAAUACUGAACAAAUGGAAUUUUCAUCUAAUGAAAAUAAUAAUAUUGAUAAUAAUCAUCGAAUCGAUAUAAAUGGAGAUUUAACACAAAUAAUUAAUUCAAAUUCAUCAAUGGAUAUUGAAGAUGAUUCAAAUCGUUCACGUGAUGAAUUUGUUAAAUUAUUAACAAAAGAAGUUUAUACAUUAAAAUCACCAAGUCCAUCAAAAACUCUUAAUCAUCGUCGACGUUCAUAUGAUAAUGAUGAAUCAAAUACAAAUAAAAAUCUUUCAUCUAUACGAACAGUAACACUUGUAUCAAAAAAUAAAGAAGAUAAUAUUAGAAUCGAAACAAAAAAUAUGGAUCAAGAAACACAAGAUGAAGAACCAACAGUUAAACGUAUUAAAAUUACAUCAAAUAGUGGUUGGUUUGCUUUUGUUGUUUUUUUUUUCUUCUGA